GGCAAGUUCCAUUAGCUCGAUUCUCUUUUUUCUGUGAGUCGUAGAUUUCGCGAAUACUUAUUUGCCAGCCGCUCCGGGAUAAAAAGUUGGUUUUGGUUGGCUUUUUGCUCUCUCUGCUUUUGGUGGCAUAAUACAGAACAGAAGAAACGAUUCGUUCGUUGACCAGGUUACACUGGACGUACAUAUCUUUGCGCAUAACACCAACGCAUAACAUCGAUAUAAUCUCGAUACUUAAUCUUACAUGCUUUGUUUGUCUAUUUGUCUCAAGAUCAUUGAAACCUCGGGGCGCCCUGAAACACACAUUUGCCUGAGCUGAGCCAUUUUGUCUCUCUCUUUGAACAGGUCGACUACUGCAACCUGUGAGGUCUUGUUAUUUAUUCCCAAUCUGUAACAUAAUAGCCGUUUAGAGCUCCAGCUCUCCCAUUCACACCCGGCUCGCAAACAUCACAAAGGCGAUUUCCUCAGUCCCCCGCGCGACUGAGAAGAAACAACAACUUCAAGAUUCUGCCUGUACUCGCAGCCAUGGCUCUCGGCCACGCGCCUCUCGGCCUCCUGGGCCUGGUCUUCAUCGCCGGCUCUCUGGUGAUGCUCUUCCUGACCAUCCUGCCCGGCGUAUCGUGGGUCCCACCGCUGCGCGACACAUACUUCCUCCGCGCCGAGACCAUGGGCAUACGCGGCGCGCGGCCCGUCACCCAGUGGACCUUUUUCUACGUGUGCGGCCUCGAGAACCUCAACUGCGGCUUUCCCCAGGCCGCCAUGGGCAUCGGUUCCAACGCCUGGGCGCCCGGCGGCUUCGGCGUCCCUCGCGAGCUUGUCGGCGAGUACGCCGAUGGCACCACCAGCCAUUACUACUGGUACAUGUGGCGGUUCGGAUGGGCGUUUUUCAUCAUUGGCCUCUUCUUCGAGGUCAUUGCCUUCUUCGUCGGCUUUUUGGCUUGUCUGGGCAGGUUGGGCGCCGCCAUGGCGGGGCUCGUUGCCGGGACGGCGCUCUUCUUCAACACCCUUGCCGUGUGCUUGAUGACCGCCACCUUUGUCAAGAUGCGCAACGCCUUCCUCGCCAACCGCAUCCCCGCCCAGAUCGGCGCGCACGGCUUCGGCCUGGCCUGGGGCGCCUGGUUCGCGCUCCUCAUCGCAGUCGGUCUCUUCUUUGCCGGUGUUGCCGCGGGCGGUGGUCGCAAAAAGUCCGACCACGUCCACUCUACAUCGCGCGGCUCCCGGCGCAACAGGAGCCGCGGUUCCAACCUUGAGUUUGGCAGCAGGAGGAGGGUCAAGGAGGAGUACAACUGAUUUAUACUUGUUCAAACGCCCAACGGGCCAGGGAAUUUCUAGGAACGAGAUACGCAGAGAUGAAGAUCAAUUGCAUGGAGCGAUGGUUGUAGCGAAACGAGGUUGCGCCCCCACAGAGAUACCCCCUUGUCGCAACGAUCGGUGUAGCUAUGAUUUGGACAUAAUAUUCGAAGGGCAGUGUCUACCGGGAUUUGUUUUAGCGCAUAAUCGGAUAUCGUUGUUUCGUUACGUGUCGGACCUGAGUAGAUGGUCUUUUUGUGAUAUGCAAUGCUG